AUGCAGAGAUCUGCUGCUUCGACACCGACGCAGAAUGCGACUCCUUUCUUUUCUACCAAUAUCUGGGGGAACAGCAGCGUCAAUUCGAUCCCUAACGCACAGUCGCAAUCGAGCCAAGGUGGUCGUAGCUCUAGCAGAUCUCGCCCCGGUACCAGUUCGGGUGACAAAGAUAAGGACAAAGAGAGGGAAUCUAACGUCUUGACUAAAGACCGCGAUCGCAAACCUUCUUUUGGGCGCAAACCAUCCUUUUCUUCCCCCUCCAAGGGAAAAAGACGGGGAAGAGGCCAGAUCAGAACCGACGCUGCUAUACCACCCGCUAUCCCCCCUGACUUUGCGCUUGCUGCCGCAGCUAGUCAUGAGGGUCGCAUCUAUUGGUUCAACACAUUGCUCUUUGACAAGCCCGACCUAGCACGUAUGCCUUAUUUUGACAGCCGCAAGCUGGCCUAUCGUGCUACCAAUUAUCUUCUGCUCGGUCUUUCACUACCGGCCGUCAUGGACCUCAACUCAGGCACGCCGCUCGAGUUUCUUCGCUCUCUCAAUACCCUACUCGCCGAGUUUGAAUCCUACCAGCAAAUCCAUACCGAGAAUGGUGUGAACACGAGUUCGCUUUCCCGCGCCCGCAUACCAAAUAUGUUCCGCCGAGGACCUGGUGGAAGAGGUCGGAGGCAAUCAGGUGCCAAUGAUUUGUACACGGAAACCAGCAAUAGUAGCCUAGCUAGCGGUUCAGCCGUGAACUCAAUGCCUACGAGCGUUAUCAACUUCGGUCUUGGCGGUGAGGGUAACGACCUUGUGCCUGGAGAGGAGUACACUCACCUCUUAACGCCGAACCUUCCUUUCGACCCCGACUUUUUUGAGACGUUUGCUACGCUAUGCGACGUAUUAAUCGAUUGCUACUCGAGGCUUAUGUCUCUUCUUCCUACAGCGAAAGACUGUACUCCUAUCAUUGCGGAGCUAUUUACUAAAGCUGAUGCUAAGGUGCGCAAGAUUAUCAUCCAAGGUGUGGUUAAGGAAUUUGAAGAUUCUAGUCGGACGGGCUUGAAACAGGAGAUCGCUAGUGUGGGUAAGGUGGUUCUUGGCGGCUUGAUAUGA